AUGCUGGAUGAGGCGAUGCUGCGGCCCGGCCGCCUGGAGGUCCAGAUUGAGAUCGGCCUGGCGGAUGAGAAGGGGCGGUUCCAGAUCCUCAAGAUCCACACCAACAAGAUGGCGGCCAACUCGUUCCUGUCGCCGGACGUUGACCUGGCCAAGCUGGCGGAGGUGACCAAGAACUUCAGCGGCGCUGAGCUGGAGGGGCUGGUCAAGAGCGCGGCGUCGUUCGCGCUGAACCGCAACGUCGACAUCAACGACUUGCACAAGCCCCUGGACGAGGAGAACAUCAAGGUGACCAUGGCCGACUUCAACGCGGCGCUGAACGAAGUCACGCCCGCCUUUGGCUCCAACACCGAGAGCCUGGAGCUGUCCCGCCGCCACGGCAUCAUCGAUUACGGGGAUUCGUUCAAGCACCUGCAGCAGACCCUCAGGACGCUGGUGAACCAGGUGCAGCACAGCGACAAGACCUCGCUGCUGUCGGUGCUGCUGGAGGGUCCCGGCGGCGCGGGCACGACCGCGCUCGCUGCCACCGCCGCCAUUGAGAGCGGCUUCCCCUUUGUCAAGGUGGUGUCGCCCGAGGCGAUGGUGGGCUAUGCGGAGUCGGCCAAGGGCAGCGUGGCAACCAAGAUAUUUGAGGACGCAUACAAGAGCCCCCUUUCGAUCGUCAUAUUGGUGGGUCCGGCGCACGCACGACCACAAUGCUAUUGA